UUCGCUUCAGAGGAGCUCCGACUGCAGGAACAGGCAACAUCUGCAUGGACCGCUGCUGCACAGCUGGCUCUGCAUGAGGACUGGAGGACCCUGACUCUACCGACACCAUGAACAGCACAGACCAUAACAGCGUCUUCACCAAGCAGGUCCUUCCUCCUCUCUACAUCGUCGUCUUCGUUCUGGGCCUGUGUCUAAAUGUCGUGGCCGCCUGGAUCUUCUUCAGAGUCCCUGCAGAUUCAGCUCUGGUCGUCUACCUGAAGAACAUGGUGGUGGCUGACCUCCUCAUGCUCUUCUCCUUCCCCUUCAGGUUGGCCAGCUACUUGGGCUUUAAGAGCCAGUAUCUGGAUGCGAUCAUGUGCCGCUACACCGCCGUGCUCUUCUACUUCUCCAUGUAUGUCGGAAUCCUCUUCAUCGGCUUCAUUAGCCUUGAGCGCUACGUGAAGAUCGUUUGCCUCAGCCCGUCCUCCUCCACCACCCCCUCCUCCAGACGCAGGUUUAGUGCAGCGUCUGCGCUACACCUUUUCCAGAGCGCCACCUUCGCUCGGGCUCUGGCCGUCCUAACCUGGGGCUUCCUCUUCUUGUGCAGCGCACCCAAUUGCAUACUGACAAACAGCCUGUCUGAGAAUCAGAACUACACAAAUUGCAUGGAUUUGAAAACGGUUCUGGGCAAGGAGUGGCAUCAAGCGUCUAUCCACGUCUGCGUGACCCUGUUCUGGGUGACGCUCCUGAUCGUGACCUUCUCCUACACCUCAAUUGCUCGCCAGGUGUGCAAGACGUACCGCCGCAUGCGACGCGACACCAGCGACAUCUGCCGCAAGUCCAACCGCAGCAUCUUCAGCAUCCUGGCCGUCUUCUUCAUCUGCUUCGUGCCGUACCACGCCUGCCGUGUGCCGUUCACCCUCAGCCAGAAGAACACGUCUAUCUUCAGCAGCCAGACCAGCUUUUGGCUUUACCAGAUCAAGGAGGGAUCUCUGUUCUUGGCGGGAAUGAACGUCUGCCUGGACCCGGUGAUCUACUUCCUGAUGUGUGGGACCUUCAGAAAGUCGCUACUCAGGAAGCUGUCAAGGAGAGAGAGGAGGAGGUCGCUGACAACCGCUCAGAGCCUUAGCAACAUCUAGGAGACAAGGAGUAAG